AUGGGUUCCAGACAGGCAAAUCUCAGCACACAUGCAUGUCAGCGCUGCUACUCGCGCAAGACUAAAUGCGACCGUCGGCACCCGCAAUGCAGCGCCUGCGCUCGAAGCAAGUCACUAUGCCAGUACUCGAACAAACGAGUAGACCGACCACUGUCGCAGGAGUGUCUGCAGGGGUUGGAAAAGCGACUACGAACGCUGGAACACUCAAAUGACCAGCUCCGUCAACGUCUGGCAUGGCAAUCGCCGCAGAUUCACAGGGAUCCCGAACUGCUCGAGAAUAGAUCCGUACCAAGUGCCCCAAGGAUCUCUGGCGCUGACCGGACGCUACGCUGCGAAAGCUCCGGAGCUCCUGCUACGCCAGUAUCCAGAGAAGAUGGCCCCGGGUACCGCGAACGCUUGCACGAACCUCUGCACCGCACUCCCGGAGAAUCCACGCGUUAUCUCGGCUACAGCAAUGGGGCUGACUUCGUCCAGGUCGUGGAACGUGUUGUUGAGUCGUCGGUGGGUUCUGGGGACCUCUUGCAGAGGGUGACGGAGAAACACUCAGCAACAGAGACUUCAUCACCUGUUAUCAGACAUCCUGAGACUCGGAGUCAAGUGCCGCUUCCUCGUCUGGUUGACCAAGUCGUCGCCAUGCCGUUGAUCAACGCGUAUUUUGAACACUGGCACCUCACGUUUCCACUGAUAUAUCGGCCAGCGUUCAUGGAGAUGGUUCAGCGGAUCUACGCUGACCCUCAGGUUUACUACAAUGACACAGGAUCUGCAUUCGCGUUCGAUAUCAUUCUUGCCCUGGGACUGGCGUCUUCCAAGAGAUUUGAAUGGUCAUUCGGUGACACCGAGUCGUAUCUGACGCGUGCCUCCGACCGGUUGGAUGCACUGUGUAAGACAAGGGAUAUGCGAUCAUUGCAGGCACUGCUUCUGUGUUCCGAGUAUGGCAUUCAUGCUAGUCUACGUGACACGUCCAGCGAGAUCUGGCAUCUCCUGGGGCGGGCAACUAGCCUCUGCAUGGAGCUAGGGCUGCAGAAGGGCUCUUCGACUCCUCUCCCACACUGUGACAUCCAUUUGACAGGGCUCGUUCCACAAUCGGUGCAGGUUGAGAUGCAGAGACGGUGUUUCUGGUGUUAUCAUAAUUUGGAGCGUAUCGUGAGCAUCAGCCUGGGGCGACCAUUGGCUCUUCAUGAAGAUGAUAUCGAGGUACCCCUGCCAUCACAUCUCGAGGACAAUCUCCUGGAGACGGGAGUCACAAUGUCGCGAGGGGGCGCACACGCUGCAGACGAGCUGACGUCCAGCUCACCUUUCUUGCAACAUAUUCGUCUCCGGAAAAUACAAGCUAGAAUCCACAGAACCAUGUAUACGAGCCGUGUAUCUCAGACACUUCCUACAUCAGCUAAGCAAUCCUUACGAAAAGAAUUGUCGGAUGAACUUGACAGAUGGCUAGGACAGGUGCCAUCGUUGCCACUGCCGUCCAACAGCAAUAACAGCCGGCCGGUAAUCUCAUCGGGAUUUCUACACCCGAGCUGGUAUCAAGCCCUAUAUUACAGUGCUUACCUUUUGCUGUAUCGGCCUUCGACCAUGUUCCCUGCUGCAACAUCAUUCGAUGCGGACAGCGAGGGUAAUGACGUGCUACAAACCGUGUGGAAUUCCUCCCGGAACGUGUUGGCAAAGUACCUCGAGGUCCUCCAAGCAAGGUGUCUGAAUUACUCAUGGGUGUGUCUCUACACCAUCUUCAUGGCAGGCUUGGCAAACGUGUACAGCGUCGGGCGAUGCGCUCAACGGCGUAAGCAGGGGAUUGCUGGGUUCCUUCCUCCAUACCUGGACGUUGUCGCCGAUAUACGGGACUGUUCCAAUAUCCUUACGGCGAUAUGCGAGAGGUGGGAUGACGUCCGUAGCUCCUGUGAAAUCUUCAAUCGGCUUAGCAUGAGUGCCUUGAGAGUGUUGACCAGUGCAUCCUUUCCGCGAGACGGUGAUAUCGUACUCAAUCUCGAUAAACCCGGAUACAAUUCUCCCACCUCAGGCAAUGUAGACCCCGUGCGAGGUCCAGGGCACUGUCCGCCAGGAUUUCAGCAAUGCGAACACGGCUUGGAACUCUCCUCGUCUACCUAUGCACACAGUUCCUUGGAUUCAGAAGCAGGCUGCUACGAUCCGACAGCUCAGUUGUGCCCUCUCGAGCAGCAGAGUCCAGAAGAGCUUGGCAACUUUCUCGGCUUUCAGGAAUUAUCUCAAGACAUGCAGGAUUCGGUACAUGAUAUGAAUGGAGAUUCUCAUCGAUCUAACGAAGUCAUGCUGGGGUUCUCUCAGGACUGGUUUGGACGGUAA